GGGUUUCAAACAUUCUUUUUGUACGCAUUUGAAAAUUUUCAACUUUUUUCAUCAUGAGUUUAAAAAAUUUUAGUAACUCGACGGCUUUUUUUAAAGAUCUUCCCAGAAUAUGUUUAAAAAGGGUACCGACUCGUCGCAUGGUUAGCUCCAAAGUCCAUGCAGCACAUGCGAAGAAGGAGUCGUACUGGGUACAGAAGACCAUGAAGCCAGUGGAUAAGGAGCAGGUCCGGCCACAAAAAUCAGAUGUCGGGAGUAGGGCAAAACCUCGUCUAGGGUUUCCGAGCUUUAGUGUGCCAAACAGACCAGAUGGUAUAGUCCCAAAUUUUGGUAAUACGCGACUUGAUACGCGCUUAUACAAGCCUAGUAAGAGUUUAGAUCGGGCAUUCCAAUCCAACUGGGUGGACUGUGCCCCAAGAAGAAAGACCAUCAAACAUAUUCAGAUGAUACCACCAGAGAUCAAACGUCGCGUUAAGACACCCAGGCCGUACUGUCCCCCCGAUACUCCCGACCAGCUAUCCACAGAAACCGAGGGCCCCGAGUCCGAGGGCCUGAAGGGCACAGUUGAGGACAGAGCAGUGCAGAAAGCCAGCAAGAGGCCGCGAACCCGCUAUCCGAGUUUCUCAGAGUGUACUGCGGCAUGGAAGUCAGCAUCCUCGGAUAGUCUCCAUCCGCGAUCCGUUUGCGAUGUGUGGCGCUACUACCAAAAUUUAUAUCGGUGAAUACAGAAGGUCAAGCAACGUAGGCCACAUGUUAGACAAGUUUAUAAUUGACGUGAUCCAGACU